UCGUUACCAUACGUCAUUAUUAUGAUGUGACAGUAAAUAUGUAAUCUGGCGAGUUGAUAAUUGGGUUUCAUGAGUUGAUAAUUUGAGCAAUAAGGCCUAUACAUUUUUGUUCACUUUAUUUCAAUUUUUCUGAUAAGACUAUGCUGUAACAAAUUAAAUUAUCAGUUUUAUGUAGUUGAAAACCUGUAUCUAUGAUUUUGUGAAUAUAGUAAGAGUUAUUUGUUAAAACAACAACAAUUAUUAUUUACAAAAAUAUAGCAAAUAGAUAUGUUUGCUUCCCUAUUAAAAUAUACUGUAAAGGCAAAACCUUUAGUCAGCAGUAAUUUUUUAAAAAACAUAAAAUGUUCAUCAAGCAACAUAAAAAGCAAAAAGUUUUUGUGUACAACUGCUGAAAAUAAUAGGUCACCUCUAGCAGGUAUUAGAGUCUUGGAUUUGACAAGAAUUGUGGCAGGCCCUUAUUGCACUAUGAUUCUUGGCGAUCUUGGAGCAGAAGUUUUAAAAAUUGAGAGACCAGUUAGUGGAGACGAGGCAAGACAUUGGGGUCCUCCAUUUAUUAAAGGAACCCAGGAUUCAGUUUAUUUCCUUAGUGUCAACAGAAAUAAAAAGAGUAUUUGCAUUGAUUUACAACAAGGUAAAGAUAUCAUUUAUGAAUUGGCAAUGAAGUCAGAUGUUUUAGUAGAGAAUUAUGUUCCUGGGAAAUUAAGUAAGUUUGGUCUGGGAUACAAAGAAAUUUCUAAGGUAGCACCGCAUCUUAUAUAUUGCUCUUUGACUGGUUAUGGGUAUGAAGGACCUUAUUCAAAUAGGCCAGGAUAUGAUGUAAUUGCAGCUUCGGUAGGAGGUUUAAUGCAUAUAACAGGCCCUAAGGAUGGGCCACCAUGUAAGGUUGGGGUAGCAGUGACUGAUUUAGCAACGGGUUUAUAUGCUCAUGGUGCUAUAAUGGCAGCAUUGUACCAAAGAAUAAAAACUAACAGUGGACAAUGGAUACAGUGUAAUUUAUUGGCAACACAAAUUGCCAGUUUAAUAAAUAUUGGUUCAAAUUAUCUGAAUGCUAAUAAAGAAGCAGUACGAUGGGGUUCUGAGCAUGAAAGUAUAGUACCGUAUGAAGCUUUUCCUACAAAAGAUGGAUAUAUGACAGUUGGAACAGGAAGUAAUGCACAGUUUUUAGAAUUGCUUAAAAGAAUGCAAUUAAUAGAAUUAUUUGAGAAUGACAAAUUUAAAGAUAAUACUGCUAGAGUAAAAAAUAGAGAUGAAUUAUUAGAUAUGCUUAGAAGAGAGUUCAAAAAGAAAAGUAAUGAAGAUUGGUCAGUUAUAUUUGAUGGUGCUUCUUUUCCGUAUGGUCCAAUAAAUACAAUAGGACAGGUUUUUGAAGAUCCACAUGUAAAGCAUACAAAAAUGGUACAAAACAUGGAACAUUUCUCUGGAGAAAAGGUUAAAAUUGUUGGACCUCCUGUAACAUACAGUUACGCCACAAAUGAAGUUAGAUUAGCACCUCCUAUGUUGGGGCAGCAUACUGAUGAAAUAUUAAAAAAUAUUUUGGGCUAUUCUAAUGACAAAAUACAAAAUUUAAAAAAAGUUAAAAUUGUGCAAUGAAAACAGAUUGAUGUUUAAAAGUUAACAACCAUAUGUUUUAAGUAUAUAUAUUCUAUUGGAUUAUAAUUUUUAUAUAAUUAUAAUUUUAUGGUAGUUAUUAUUAUCAAAUAAGGACUACAUGCAUCGUUAUAUACAAUGUAGAGAAAAAUAAACACAAUAUUGUAUA